AUGCAUAAAAACUGAACAAUCUGAACACAAUCGAAAGAGAAUCACUGAAUAAAUGAUGGAAUGUAGAAAGCACAAAACUUCCACAACAAUGUAAAUAUUGAAAUACUGAUUGUUUGUUUCAAUGCUGGAAUUUCCAUUGUCCUAUUCGCUUUCUAUUUCCAGCAUUUUCAUUUGGCUUUUGUGUCACUUUGCUUGAUGUUUGACGGGCAGGACAUUAUUCUGGGUGCUUCUGUUUGGAACUUGUUAUUGCAGAGAAAAUACCAUCUGCAGCUAUUCUCAACAGAGAAAAGCUUAUGAAUGAAAAGUGGAAUUGAAUGAAAGCAUGCAGAUAUUGCAACAUUUUUCAAGGAAAGUUACAAAAAGUGCAUAGAGAAAUCAAAAUAUUGACUAUUUAUUAGUUAAAAACAUAGCUCAGUGUCAGCGGGUGUUUAAAAUUUGGUCUUUGUCAUACAUCUGUAUUUUUCGGGACCCUUUCACCUUUUAUUAUCUUCAGAGUGUGAUAAGAUCCUAAAAGAAUGUGAAAAAGUGAAUUCUUCCACUGUUUUCCCACAGCUGUUUCUCUUUACAGAUCUUGCCAGUGUGAUUAUGGGCUUUUUAAAGUGUCUGUCUAAAUGCUAACCCUUAGGCGAACAGUCACAACAUGGACUGUUGUCAUGAAAAUAUGAAAAACGGGGCACUAAAUUAUUGAAACAGACUUUUGUCUCUUGAGGGAGCUGCUGAGCCUUGACCUCUGACCUCCCUCUGAAGAGGAUGGGUGCCAGGGGAAGAGACAAAAAUCAGAUUGGUGGAUCGGAGUUAAAAGGGAAAGAUUUAAGAGAGGGUGUCAUGGGGGAAACAGGCGUGAUGGAGAAAGUUUUAAAUCUUGGAAGAGCUUCUUGAAGCUUUUGACGAGGCAAGCAGGAACAGGUUGUUUGUUGACCAAAGCCUCGUCGGCCUUUGAUAUUUCUCUUUACACAAAACAUUUCUUUAAAUCCUAAUCCUCAUAUCUCCUAUAAGCAGCCAAAUAUUUCAUUUCAAAUCAUUUAAUGGUUGUAUUUUUCUCUGAAGGAAAGUUCUAACAAGGAGGGAGUGUUUUGAUUUGAGAAGAAAAGUUUCAGAUCUCACCCUUGGAUGUGAGUUGAUUGAUGGGUUGGAUCUGUCAUGAACGGGAGUAAAAGCCUAAAGUUAGGAGGACAGAGUGUGUAUUUUCUCUGUGGUGAGAUAAACAGCAGCAGUAGCUAUUUUGUUCUCAGCUAUAACCAAACACAUUAAAUCAGUUCAAAUGAUAGUCGCAUGGCCCAGAUCUCAUGACCGGCCUCCGUCAGGAAGACUUUCUGGAAACACACACAGAUCGGUUUUAACUUGCUGUGACUGAUUGUCAUGUAGUGUGUUUCGCAAACUGAUUCGCUCUGCACUUUCCUUUUAUUUGGUCAUGUUAGAACCAUAAAUAUCAUUAGCUUUAAGCUUUUAACUGAUUGACCAACACAAAAUACAAUGAAAAAGAACAAUGAAUAUUUUCAAAUGAAAAUCUUAAGUGUUUAAAUUCGCAUUCAGUCCUAGAAAAGUAAUAUUCUCUGAAAUUACCUUUUACUUCAGUUAAAUCUGUGGGUCAUUUUGUUAAGUUUCUGCCAGUUUUAUACAAAUUUUAUAAGAUGUAUCUAAAAACAAAUCUCAGACUUGUGUUUAGAUCCAGUUGUCCUCCUUUGAGCAGUCACUAGAUUCCCAAUACGACUCAAGAAAAGCCUCUCAGCUGGUUUGCGGUUUGGCGAAACUCUUCAUUUUCAGAUCAGUAAUCUUCUGUCAAAUACUCCAAGCUUCAUAUUUUGUUUUAUAACCUAACUCUUCUGUGGACAUAUCCAUAACUUAAUUUUUAAUCAUAAACAGCAUCUUCAUGCAUGAUGCUGUUUGUGCUGUUAAUGUUCUCUAACCAACCUAUGAGAUUCACAGAACAAGUGGAUUAGGUUAAAUUACACAUGCAAUGGUUGGACUUCAAGAGGAAGCUGAUUGGAGUAGAUUUUAUGUGGCGGUGUCAGAGAGCUGGUUUUAGUGCACAUCACACCUUUUUGAAUUUUUACUUGUAGAAGAUUAAAAAAUUCCUCCUUUCACCUUCACAUCACAAUUGUGCAAUGGUUUUUUUGUGUGCCUCAUAAAUUCCCCGCAAAAUAUUUUUAUUUAAGGUCGUAACAUGAUAAAAUGCGAAAAAUUUCAAGGGGUGUGAACUCUUUAGCACAGCACUAUAAAGGACAGAUUAAUGGGGUGUGUGUGCUUCCUCAUAGUGUAAUAAUUGAGCAGCUAGUAACAAAAAAGGACUUGAAUAGAAAACGUAAGGCAUAUGUGUGUUUGUGUGGAUGUGUGUGUCUGAGGAAUGGGGGGCAACAAAGAUCCCUCUGUGGGUGAGAGCAUCCACAAGCCUGCAGAACAGCUGAUUCUCAGCCUCUAAACCCUUCGUUCCCCUGAGAGAACUGGCCUUGACUACAUGGAGUCAGAUUCUGACAAACAAAACAUAGACCAGAGACUCCGCCAUCAGUUACAGCUGGUUUGUUUACCCGUUGUUGACUGAUAACACUGAGUGAUUUUAAUUGGUGCUGGCCACAGCAAUGAAUGGAGACCAGAAGGAUAAGGUGACUUUUUCUUGUUUGUUAAAACUGUCACCAUGUGGUGAUAGUAUGAUAUUAGACAGAUAAUCUGUGAAAAGAUUGAUCUCCUCCACCCCUGUCACAUAUAGUAAUAUGUGGUUUAACUGUAUAACUCCUUGACAAACCAACCAAUCAGAGCCAACAGGAGGGAAAACUUGCCGUUCCACAAAAACCAUUUAUCUGUCAUCACUGGUGACCAUGCUAACUAGACUUAGCAUUAGUGGCAGACUAUGUUGUGGUAAACCAGCUGUAGUACAGUAGAUAACAAGGGGAAGGAGUGAGCAUAAGGGUGAUUGACAGCGCUAAGACCCUCCUCCUGGCUCUGAUUGGUUGUUUGUGACUGCAGUUGGUAUUGGGAGCACUGGGAGAAAAGACAGGAGUUUGAUUUUUUUUCAUAUAUUACCUCUUAUACUGUCAUGACAUAAUUACCAUUUUAACAAAUAUGUAAAAAUUAUAUUUUUUAUAAAGUAUAAUACUGCAUCUUUAAGCUAGAAGAAUGACACCAAAUGUUUACAUACAAAGGCAUGUAACAUUUUUUCUUACUGUCUGAAUUUAAAUCAGAGUAAACUUCUUCUGUUUUACCAUUCAGCAUGGAAGAUUUCGUUACUCUAACAGCGACAUAAUGCAAAUUCACACAGGGACAAAGACAUAUCCUGUGGUCUGAUUACACUAAAAUUAAAAUGUUUGGCCAUAAUAAUUGUUAUAUUUCCAGGGAAAAUUGCAGAAUCUAUACCUUGUACAUUAGAGUAUUGCAAAAUUACUUAUAUCCACAUUACUGAUGGAUAUAAGGUUUGAUGAAAACAUUAUCUUAGUAUUUCAAUUUAUCUAUUCCCUUCAAAAUAAAAUUCUGCAAAGUUAGGGUUGCAUAAAAAAGUACAAUGUUGUUGUAUGUUGUCCUCCAAGCAGCAGGCAUCAUUAUCAUUUUUAAAGGAUAUUUUCAAGGUCAGCUUUAGUUUAAAUUGUUUUUUGGAAAAUACUACUAAAUUCAGAUCUGUCAGUUUUGCUUGAAAAGUUCUUAAGUUCAUAAGGAAAAAGCUGAGAGAGACCAAAAACAAUAGAAGACGUUGAACCAGAAACAGCAGGAUGGAGCAAAAUGGAAAAGAGCAAAGUGAGACGUAAAGAAAAAGGAGCUGGGGAGAGUUUAUUGGAGGAUCGUGGAGAGAUUGGAAAUCAGGAAGGAACGGAGAGACACUUCUGUCGACAACUAAGACAGGAAACCACAGCUGCGCACACGCACACACACAACCAAACAGCUGCUGGAGAUAUAUCCUUUAACCCUGAAUGCCCGGGAAUCGAGACGGCGCAGCUGUGUUGCACCACACCCCUGUUACACUGUGUGUGUGUGUGUGUGUGUGUGUGUGUGUGUGUGUGUGUGUGUGUGUGUGUGUGUGUGUGUGUGUGUGUGUGUGUGUGUGUGUGUGUGAGACUGUUUGUUCCUGUUAUGUUUUUUGUUACAGUCUCCGACUCUGACAAUGUAAUUGUGCGCUCUGGUCUUGCGGAGCUCUGCGGUGAUCUAAUUCUGGCCCUUGCGGAGACAAUAGAGUAUUGUUGGAGUUGGGGGAGUGGGAGAGGGUUUGGGGGAGAGUGAGGGCUUUUUUCUCACUCUAUGGGAAAAUGAAACAAGAAUAUUUUCAACUCAGAUGAGCCUCACUUUUGCAACUGCUUUCUAUCAAAGAAUGGCUAUAUUUUCAUUUUAUUUCAAUUUUAGCUUCGACAUAUUUUCAGACCGAAGUGGCAAACUUUCUAGUUUCUCACUGUACAUGUAACAAAUUAUUAUUACUGUAAAAUGUGUUAAAGUUCUUAAGUGUUGAAACAAAAUGAACCAAAGUUGAUAUUUGAGUUUCACAACAAUGAAUCUGAAAAUCUGAAAAUUACUCUCACAAUUAAACUUGCGUUGCAACUAAAGCAAAGCGAGAUCUGUUAUUCACAAAUAGAGAAAAGCAAAGUGAAGAGACUGAAAAUGACUUAAAAAAAACCCCCCAAAAACCUUAACAGCUAAAAUGAUGCUGCACCUUAAUAUCUGCUUAAUACGAACAAAGUAUCUGAGAAAAAGAGCAUCAUACCUGCAAUCAGACAUGUUGGUAGUGUGAUGUUGUGUUACUAUUUUGUUUUUUGGGAACUCGAGGCGAUGCCAUAAUUGAUGGAACCAUUAAUUCUGCAUCAGAAAUCCCUGAAGGAGGAGCCCACGUAGUUUAUAUGACAGUGAUUCAAAGUACACAGCAACUUCUGGAUUUCCAAAAAAAUUAGGUUUCAGAGUGCCCUAGUCAAAGUUUGGACUUUAAUCUAGAUGACCUUGCAAAGGCUAACUAUGUAUGAAAACCCUCUAAUGCAGCUGAAUAAAACAAUUCUGCAAAGAAAAGUUAAACAAACUUCCUCCACAGUGAAGACUGAUCAGAAGUAAGAAGCAAGAGUCAGGCUUCAGAGAGUCAGAGAAGAAAAGAAAAGAGAAGAGGCUGCUUACUUUUAUAAAAAUAUGUGUCAAAUGAGUGAUGUGCCACUAAAAAGGAGACAUUUUAUAACCAAAGAACAAUCUCAGUUAAACUUUAUGCAUGUUUGCUCAUUGUUAAAAGUUAGUAAAAAUAAGACGUUGAGCUCGGAUCACAAUUACUUCAUUCCAAUGUUUAUAGUUUACAGAUCUAAAGACCAUUGUAGAUAUCUUUGAAUUUUUUCCUUUUCUCUGGCUCUAUUUCCUUCAGGGAAGGAAGCCUGCUGACCUCCCCACCUACCUUCUUUUCUCUCCCAAACCUCUUCCCUCCUCUCCUCUCUUUGCCGUCUCUGAACAGGCAGGAUGUGUGAGUGUGUGUCAGGAUAUUUGGAACAAUGUCAAGGUCAACAGAUUGCACAAACACAUUCACACACACGCAGACUCACACAGGAUGUUGGAGCUGAACAUAAAAACUGCUCUUUUUUUAGAGAAAGCUCUAAAUACUCCAAGCUGUCUGUUAGUGUGUGAUAUGUAAGGAUGUUUCAUAUCUCAUCCCAGUCAGCUGUUGCAGCAGCCGCUCCUGAGUUUGUGCCCUUUGGUCUGUGCCAGUUUCUAUGAUUUGCUAUAUAUCCAUGUGUUAAGUUGGUAUUUAAUGCACUUGCUGCUACAUAUUUCAUCAAUGUCAGGAGCCUGGCAUACUGGUUUGUUGCAAGCUUCAACUGAUUUGAACAAACAAUACAGUAAAAAAUGUUUUUGCUGGUUUCCAGUGGUGAUGGAGCGCCUGGUGAACGAACUCAACUCUCUGCUGAAGAUGUUGGACCAUGAGACGGUUAGUCCAGAUACUGCCAACAAGAUGGCGUCCGUACGCAACAUCCUGGACUCUCUUCAGCUGACAGUCAAUGGCUCAGACGUCUACAUGAACGGCACAAGUUUUGUCGAGUCGCUGUUUGAAGAUUUUGAUUGUGAUUUGCACAUGCUCAGUGCAUCUCCAGUAGAGCAGAAAGAACCCAAAGACAAAGAGGAGAAAACACAGCCUAGUAAAUCAACACCCACAGACACGCCACCGCCUUUGCCAGCAACACCACUUCCUGAUGACUACUAUGAAGAAGCUGUUCCUCUUGAUCCUGGAUCCUCUCCUCAGUAUUUCACCACAAAUUCCAGAAACUCUGUUGAAGAUGCUUACUAUGAAGAUGCUGAUAAUAACUACCCCACUACCAGGAUUAAUGGGCCCUCUAAAACAUCCAAUAAUGACUCAGAUGCGCUUAGUAGCUCCUACGAGUCUUAUGAAGAGGAGGAGGAGGAGGCCAAGGGACGGGACUCCUCUCAGCGGUGGACCGCUGAGGGAAGCUCUGAUGAACCGGUCAGGGACUGCCGCAUAUGUGCCUUCCUGAUGCGAAAAAAGCGAUUUGGCCAGUGGACAAAGCAGCUAGUAGUUGUUAGAGACAAUAAACUCCAGUGCUAUAAAAGUAUAAAGGAGUUGUCACCGAACACGGAGCUCCCCCUGAAUCUCUGCAACGUCAUCUAUGUCCCAAAGGAAGGCCGGAAAAAGAGGCACGAGCUGCGCUUCUCCUUACCUGGAGGUGAAGCUCUGGUCCUGGCCGUCCAGAGUAAAGAGCAGGCCCAGCGGUGGCUCAAGGUGAUCCAUGAUGUUGGCAGCCAGUGUAAUAACACAGAAGGACUGAAUGGAUCAACAUCUCCAAUAAUACAGAGAAAACUGGAACUCGACAAGAUGCUGCAGUCAGACAGGCAAACAUCGGACUCAGACAGCGGUCCAGUAGGAGACAGUCAGUCCAACGCUUACGGACCAGGGCGAGACAUCACCGACUCACUCAACAGAGCGAAGCGGGGCGCGUUCUCGGAGCUGACGGGGUCGAUGAGCCGAGCAGCAGGAAAGAAAAUCAAUCGGAUCAUCACUUUCUCCAAGAAGAAGCCUCCGUUACCAGGAGACCCUCCCUCAUCUUCUGGGCACCAUGACAACCCCCGCUGUGGUUAUCUCAGUGUGUGUCUCAGUGGCUGCUGGAAGGAGCGCUGGUGUGUUCUCCGAGGUGGAAACCUUUUCCUGCAAAAGGAUCCCGGGGACCAGCGGCCUCCAGUCAUUGUGGUGCCUCUUAAAGGGGCAGAGGUGGUGCCAGGGGGCCUCGGACCCAAACAUCCCUUCUCAUUUCAUAUCAUGCAAGCGGGCAACGAGCUUGCAGCUUUAGAGGCGAGCUCCUCUGAAGAUCUUGGCCGCUGGCUGGGCAUUUUGUUUGCCGAGACCGGUAGCGGCACCCUCCCUGAAGAGCUGCACUACGACUACAUCGAUGUGGACACACUCACCGACAUACGGCAAGCUGCCAGACACUCCUUCUUGUGGGCUACUACCACUGCUACUUCCUCCAGCAGUGCUUCAAUAGACUCCAGAACGUAUGACGAAGUGUACGAAAGCAUUGCGGAUGAAGAUGUCGAGAGCAAAACAGGUCAGGUGAGACGUCAUGCCUCCUUCUCCAGCAGGGACUCAGAAAAAACCGAACAACAGGCUACCAUCAAGAGGCACGCCUCCAAUGUAAAUCCGUACGGGCGCUAUGGGAAGAUGCGUGCAGAGGAAGACGCCAGACGAUACCUGAGGCAGAAAGAGGAGCUGGAGAAGCAAAAGGAGGAGCUGAGAAACACCCUGAUCUCCCUCCGUAGGGAGAAGAAGGAGGUGAAGGAGCAAAUGAAGACUGACGCAGGUGAAGCUAUGGAAAAGCAGUUAGCUGAGAUAGAAACACUGUGCAAACAGAAGGAGGAGGAGAGGGUGGAGCUGGAGCUGCAGCUGACAGAAGUCAAAGAAAAUCUGAAGAAAUCACUGGCUAGAGGAGCUCUCGGUCCGCCUGUGGACACAAAGGUCAACGUCAAGACUCAGAGAAAUAAGGCUGAAAAGGUUUACAAUGAGAGCGUUCCCGUCAACUCAGCAUCUGAGCUUCGUAAACGUCCCCCGUCUCUUUAUGCUUCCUCCAGGGGGAACGUCAUGCAGAAAGCAAAGGAAUGGGAAUCAAAGAAGGGGACUUAGACGACACAAACAGACUGAGGAGAAAAGAAAAAACUUGUUUGGCAGGAGAAUGUGUGCCAGAUGAAAGGAUGAGGAGAUCAUCUAUUCAAGAAGAUAAAGAAGAGAAAAGAAUGAAGAGGGUGAUGCACAGCCAGGCUGAUGCUAACCAAGCUGUCUUAAAUGUGACAAACUAGACCGUUUAAAACCAGCGCAGUAUUAACGUGAUCACUCUAACCAUGAGCUAAGUCUUGUGUUCAUGCGUCUGCAUGUUUAUUGCACAUGUGCAGAAAGUGAUCAUGUGACCUUUGAACAGAAAUGCGUAGUAAAGGGAGAGAAGGAUGAUUCUUACUGUAAGUUGAAGAUACAGACAAGACUUCCUUCGUGUAUUCACCCAAAUAUCUUGGGUCUUUUACACAAAAUGUAUAAAUGAAAGUUAAAGAGUGAAACCAAAAAUUAUUAAAUUAUCAUUGUCUUUGGAAGAAGUAGCUCAUAUUUUAAGGAUUUAAAAAAAUUAUAAUUAGUAUGACACUGUACCUGAGAGAAAUAAACCAAUGUUUAUUGUUUUAAUGUGAAGUGAUUACUUUAAACAUUGUAUGUUUAAUUUUACAUAUAUAUAAAUUUACAUUUUUUUAUUUAAUUGUUGCACUUUAUGCUUUUGUAAUUACCUAAAUGUUUUCAGUUAUAGCAAAACAAACACACCCUUUGUAGCCAAAGUAUUUGAAGAAAAUGCCAUGUCUGCUCUUCAUUGCACAGAUGUGAACAAAACACACAUGUUGGAGUAAAUGAUUGUUUCAAGAGA